AUCGUUCUGUCACCGUAGCACUUGGGUUAGCCUUCUGUUCUGUGUGAGUGAGGAAGUGAAACCGAGGACGGGGAAAUCACGGGAAGUGACGAGUUAGAAGGCUAGCCAUUUCGAGAUUGAGCAUAGAUUUAGAAAUAAAUCAUGAUCUUGUAUUUGGAGAUUUAUGAUAUCAGAGAGAUUUUAUAAUUUGAUCUUCAGAUUUUGAUGGUAUUAGUUUGUGAUUUGAAUAAAUCCCGAGCCUUGUGCACUUAUGGGACCCGUCUCACGAGUGCACGGCAUCUGCCACGUCCCUGGAUUUGGGUUCUGGGGCGUGACAACUUGACAUUAACAUGUCACUGGUUUUGCUUUUUCAAAUCCAAAUACAGAUAAACCUUCACCACGCAAUAAAUUCUCUGUAGUAAGUUGACACAUAUGCACGAGAAUUACACAACUCAAUAAGUGACCGCCACUGAUUAUUAUGUAUCCUUAAGUGGUGGAACUUGACACGGAAAAUAAUGUUAAAAGUGUAUAAAGAAGAACUAACCAAAUGAAGAUCACCCUCUUUUUUCAACAACAAUUUAUCCCAAAUUACAUACCUCAAAUGUAAUACCCCAAAAUUUCCUAGAGCAUAUAAGUUGAGUUAGGGACUUAAUAGUGAGAAAACAUUAUUAAUGAACCUAACUGUCAAUUUUUCAAACUUCAAAGGGGUUAAAAGGCUAUUAGAUAAGGUCGGCUAACUCAUUUCCUUUAUCUUUUUCUUCUUUCUUUCUUUCUUUCUUUCCAGCAUUUUCGCAUGUCUGCUCUGUUUUCCUUUCUCCCUGCAGCCGAACAUCACCAGCCAUUUCCAGCGCCUUCAUUCGAAAAAUUGGUAAGAGAACUUGAUGAUUUUUGUUCUCCUCUUGCCCAAGAGCAAGUCUAGAACUUAGAACUUCUCUCUCUUGCAGAAAUUUUCCCAGAUCUGCUGCCUUCUUCCUUCCCUGCCGCUGGCUGUUGCUGGGUAUAAGCUUCGGUUUUUCCUGGUAAAAUCAGCCUAGAAACUCCUCUUUUCAGCCUUGAUUUAUGUUGGGUCACUCUAAUCUUGUUGUUCUUUCAAUUGCCAGUGGCCCGUGGAAGUUCCCCAAUUUUUCCCACCGGCUCCUCCCAUACCCGCCAGCUCCAGCUUUGCUUGCUCAGCAUUUCUGGUAAGUUGGCUUCUCUAAUCUCCGAAAAUUGAUGGAUUAAUUGUUGCUUUGUGAGGUUAAUUGGUUGAAUGGGGGCUGGGUAGUCCAAAAAUUUGCUGGGAAUAGGGGGGUUAAUUUCCGGUAGCCUUGCAAUGAGUUUUGAGUUAAUUUGUGUAGAAAAUCCUUAAUUUGGCUGUUGUAUGUGUGCCCGAGAGAAAAAGAGGAAAUUCUCGAGACUUGCCCAUUUUUUUGUCAAGGCCAGUUCUCCCAAAUUCUUGUCCAUGAGUUUGAAAAUUGUAUAUGUGUAAUCUUGUAAUUGAAUAUAUAUAGAUAAAUACCCAAUCCCAGUGAAUGCCCAAUUUUUGGAUAGGAAAUAAAUAAAGAAAUAAAAUUUCCUUAUAGAUAUUAAUUUGGGAAUAUUGUGAUUAGGUCCUUGAUUGCCCCGUGAUCCUAACACUUGGAUUAAGCCUUUUGUUUGCGUGAUUAAGGUAAGUAAAUUAUGGUAAGUAAAUUAUGGUAAAACCCGUAAAUUUUUGAAGCAUAUUUUAAUUGUUUUCUGAGAUGGUGGCGAGGUUUAAAUGGAUUUAUUUGCAUUUGAGCAUGAUUAAAAAGGGAAUUUGAACUUUUAUCAUUUUCCUUCUUUUCUAGAAUUGAGCAUGCCCACAUGAGAUUCUUCGGUUUAUUUUUGAAAGUGAGAACGAUUGUGAAUUUCGGUUUUGUUUGUAAAGUUUGCUUGGUUUUGUCUCCAAUAUGGUCGUGUUAAUUGUGUGCCCGCUAGUGGGAGGUUACAAACUGUCACGCCCCAGAACCCAAAUCCGGGGACGCGACAGACGCCAUGCACUCGUGAGACAGGUCCCACAAGUGCACAAGGCUCGGAACUUAUUCAAAUCACAAAAUCUCAUGAAUAAAAUCAACCUUACAAAAGGAUGAUAAAAUCUAAAACUUAUACCCCAAUUGAAUGAUUAGCCUUCUAACUCGUCACUCCCCUCGAUUUCCCCGUCCUUAGUUUCGUUUCCUGAAA